GUUUGAUCCGGUGUAUCAUGCAUCCGUCUUCCCGGAUUUUACGAAUGUUACCAGCUAGUUACCUCCCUUGGAACAUCAAGGUCGCUACAGAUCAAACACAGAUUCUACCGUACAACUGAAAAUCGGAGUCCGGCAUGGCGGUGCCAGUUUUUUAUACACCACUCACCAAGGCCCAGUUGGGAUUCUUCAGCCAUCAGAAAGGACCAUGUGCUAACUUUGAGAUGGAUUUCUUCCGCUGUGCAAGCAGAGUUGGUCAGACAAACUCUGUGACAGUUUGCCACAAGGAGCUGGAUGACUUUGCUGAAUGUACCAUGAAGAAGAAGGAGUUUGAGAGGUACGUGAUCAUGCAGAAGGAGAGGAAGAAGCAAGGUCGACCCUAUGCUCCAACACCGGCUCCAGAUGUAGCGGGAAUAGUGAACUGAUGCCCUUGUUAGCAUGUUGAAUGUUUGCCUGUUAUAUAGGAUGUGUAAAAUACUGGAAAUAAAUGAAUACAAGACACAAA